AUGCCGAGCCUGAACCUAUGUCUUGCUCCAUUUCUCAAGUCACCAACCCACCGAAAUUCAGAACCAUUGUCAUCAAAACAACACAAGCUCGAACGUUUCAGCGUCCCACAACUCCACAAAACAAUCUCAACUCUCGACCUCACGGACGAGACUACCCCUCACAAAAAACUCAUAAACUCCUCUCUUCUCCUUAAAGCAUGCAUCAGGUCUCGUAACUUUGACCUUGGUAAACUCCUUCACCACAAGUUAACCGAGUCACAACUCGACCUCGACUCGUUCCUUCUCAACUCGCUCAUUACCCUCUACUCAAAAUGCGGCGACUGGUACCACGCGCUUUCAAUUUUCCAAAACAUGGGAAACAAGAGAGACUUGGUUUCGUGGAGUGCCAUGAUGUCCUGUUUCGCCAACAACAACAUGGAAUCCGAAGCGCUUGUUACUUUCCUCGACAUGCUCGAAGAUGGGUUUCACCCUAAUGAAUAUUGCUUUACGGCGUCGUUUCGGUCGUGUUCUAAUGCUGAGUAUUUUUCAAUUGGGUGUGUGAUCUUUGGCUUUGUACUAAAGACUGGGUACUUUGAUUCAGAUGUUUGUGUUGGUUGUUCGUUGAUUGAUAUGUUUGUGAAGGGUGGCAAUGAUAUUGAAUCUGCACGCAUGGUGUUCGAGAAAAUGCGUGAGAGAAAUGUAGUCACUUGGACCUUGAUGAUUACUAGGUUUGCACAAAUGGGCUUAAUGGAUGAUGCUAUUGAUUUAUUCUUGAGUAUGUUACUAAGUGGGUAUGCACCUGAUAGGUUUACUUUAACUAGUCUCUUAUCAGCUUGUGCUGAGUUGGAAUUCUUGUCACUUGGGAAGCAAUUGCAUUCUUGGGUUAUCAGGUCUGGAUUGGCUUCUGAUGUGUGUGUGGGUUGUAGUUUGGUGGAUAUGUAUGCAAAAUGUGCUGCAGAUGGGUCAGUAGAGAAUUCUAGGAAAGUGUUUGAUAGAAUGCCGGAUCAUAAUGUUAUGUCUUGGACUGCACUUAUUAGUGGAUAUGUGCAAGGGAGUGGACAAGAAGAGGAAGCUGUCAAAUUGUUUUGUGAAAUGGUGCUUCAGGGUCAUGUUGCACCGAAUUGUUUUACUUUCUCUAGUGUCCUCAAGGCUUGUGCAAAUCUUCCUGAUUUCGGCUUUGGCGAACAACUUCAUGGCCAAACAAUUAAAUUGGGCAUUUCUGCAAUUAAUUGUGUAGGGAAUGCUCUUGUUAGCGUGUAUGCAAGGUCUGGAAGAAUGGAAUGUGCUCGCAGAUCUUUUGAUAUUUUGUUUGAAAAGAAUUUGAUUUCGCGCAAUAAUACCGGUGUUGCUGCAGAUGGGAAGUAUUUGAAUUCUGAAGAGGCCUUUGAAUAUGAAAUUGAGCGCAAUGGUAUUGGAGCUAAUUCUUUUACAUAUGCAUGCCUCUUAAGUGGCGCUGCUUGUGUUGGUACAAUUGGUAAGGGGGAACAAAUUCAUGCCCUAGUAGUAAAGGCAGGAUUUGGGACCAACCUAUGCAUUAAUAAUGCCUUGAUCUCUAUGUAUUCCAAGUGUGGAAACAAAGAAGCUGCUUUGCAGGUCUUUAAUGACAUGGAGAAUCGCAAUGUUAUAUCUUGGACCUCUAUCAUAAGUGGUUUUGCAAAACAUGGAUUUGCUACAAAAGCAUUAGAGUUGUUCUAUGAAAUGCUUGAAGUAGGUGUAAAGCCUAAUGAGGUCACUUAUAUUGCGGUUUUGUCAGCUUGUAGUCAUGUUGGUUUGGUUGAUGAAGCAUGGAAACACUUCAAUUCCAUGCGUUAUGACCAUGGUGUUGUUCCAAGGAUGGAACAUUAUGCAUGUAUGGUUGAUUUGCUUGGCCGAUCUGGAUUGCUUUCAGAAGCCAUUGAAUUUAUUAACUCAAUGCCUUUCGAUGCUGAUGCGUUGGUGUGGCGUACAUUCCUUGGUUCUUGUCGGGUUCAUCGUAACACUGAGCUUGGGGAGCAUGCAGCAAAAAUGAUUCUUGAAAAGGAACCUCAUGAUCCAGCUACCUAUAUAUUAUUGUCAAACUUGUAUGCAUCAGAAGGGCGGUGGGAUGAUGUGGCAGCCAUUAGAAAAAGCAUGAAACAGAAGAAAUUGAUUAAAGAAGCAGGUUAUAGCUGGAUUGAAGUUGAAAACCAGGUGCACAAAUUCCAUGUAGGGGAUACUUCACACCCCCAAGCACAAAAGAUAUAUGAAGAACUUGAUGUAUUGGCUUUAAAAAUAAAGAACUUGGGUUAUGUCCCAAAUACAGAUUUUGUUCUUCAUGAUGUGGAGGAGGAACAGAAGGAACAGUAUCUGUUUCAACACAGUGAGAAAAUUGCAGUGGCAUUUGCUCUUAUUAGUACCCCCAAACCAAAAACUGUAAGAGUAUUUAAGAAUCUCCGGGUUUGUGGGGACUGCCAUAUGGCAAUAAAGUAUAUAUCAAUGGUUACUGGAAGAGAGAUUGUGGUGAGAGAUGCAAACCGAUUUCAUCAUAUCAAGGAUGGGACAUGCUCUUGCAACGAUUAUUGGUAAUCCAUAUACAUCCAAUUGAGGACUUCUUGGCCUUAGUCACUGUAAAUUUUGAGGGGUUAGAUCCUUAUGCAAGAGUUAUUCACUUUCUUGCUGCUCAUACUGUACAAAGGUUGUGAAUAUGGAAACUACUAGCUGAUUGCUAAUGGCUGACAGACAUUUAUUAUUCCAUCUCAGUUUUCUAAAUAUUGAGGCUUGAUGCUGGUCUAUAGUCUAUACCAUUUAUCUCUUCUAUUGUUUUUCAUGGAUGUUCUUCCAAAUAUUGUGCUAA